CCUGGCCGUAGCUUGUGUCUCUGCCUACUCCGUGCGUAAGAGCGCACAGAUGGGAAUGUGAACGGAUGCUCUCCUGAAAACGCGCAAUCGGAGCUGCUGAGGGCGGCAGUGGACGGACGUACACGGAGCAACUUCCCCAAAGUCCACUUCAUCCCGUGGAGAUUUCAUUUCUGCUCUCCAUCUGCGCUCCCGUUUCUCUCCUGUUUGGAUGAGGAUCUGCUGAUAAAAUGUCGGAAGGCGGCGCGGCGCUGCCGGACUCCUCCGCCCGCCAGCAUCGUGCGCCUUCCCGCGUCGCUCCAGGUUUGCUCGUUUCUGCGUGAAGUCGAAGGCGGGAAGCCAGCGCGAUGGGGGGCAGAUUCUUCCUGCUCGCCUUCUUGUUGCUCAAACUCACGGCUCUGGUGUGCAAGGCGGACGGGGAGCCGGGGCUGCUCGGCGGGUUCGUCAUGAUCGCCACGUCCAACGGGUCCCGGGAGGAGGACGGCGCGCCGGAGGAGACGCCGCACACCGAGGAGCAGUGCCGGGGUUACUACGACGUGAUGGGCCAGUGGGACCCGCCAUUCGUCUGCAAGACGGGAGACUAUCUGUACUGCUGCGGCACCUGUGGCUUCCGCUUCUGCUGCUCCCUGAAAAACUCGCGGCUGGACCAGAGCACCUGCAAGAACUACGACACGCCGGUGUGGAUGAAGACCGGCCAGACGCCCUACAAGAAGAUGAACAAAAUGCACGACAGCACCAAAGACAAGACCAACCUGAUCGUCUACAUCAUCUGCGGCGUGGUGGCCAUCAUGGCUCUGGUCGGCAUCUUCACCAAGCUGGGGCUGGAGAAGGCGCACCGGCCGCAGAGGGAGAACAUGUCCAGGGCCGUAGCCAGUGUGCUGCAGGGCCGGGGCCCAGGUGAGCCGUUCCGGGGGGAGGAGGCCCUCGGGAUUCACUCCCAGCACUUCGUCUCCAGACCGCCAGCCCUCCAAGGCAGCCAGCUGAACAACAAUGUGGCAGCGAGCUCCAGCAUUGGCCCGCAGCAUCCCUACCCGGCGCUCAGCCAGAUGGCUCAGGCCUACGAACAGCAGCAGCAGCAGCAGCAGCAGCAGCAGCAGCAGCAGCAGCAGCAACAGCAGCAGCAGCAACAGCAGCAGCAGCAGCAGCAGAACGCCGACCUGAACAAGUACGCCUCCCUGAAGGCAGUAGCUGCCAAGUACAACGGCGAAAUCUACAACAAGCGGCGGCUGAUGGUGGAGCUCCCGACGAAAGGCGGCCUUCCUCUCCAGCCGAUAGGAAACUCUCGGAGCGCCAUGGGCAACCUGUCGAUGACGCCGCCGAUGGCCGCCAACACCAUGCUGUCAAACCCCCUCACCUCAAACCCCUUGAACUCCUCCAUGAGGCCGAUGGCUUCAAUGACAGCGAUGACGUCCAUGCCGCAGAUGACCUCGCUCUCCCCGAUGCCCUCCAUAACCCCGAUGACCUCUUUAGGUCCACUGACUCCAGAGCCUGUGGCCACCUACGUGACGGAGAUGCCCGGCAUCUCGUCCGUCUCCACCCUGCCGACGGAGCGGCACGUUGUGGGCGGCGGACUCAAGCCCAACGGCCAAAAGCCCAAAGGCGGCCACGCGGCCCACAGCUUCUACAGCGCCCACACACACACCCACAGUAGCAAGGCGCCAGGACUCGGGGCUUCUUCCCUGGCGCACAUGGUGGGGACGAUGCCAAGCGGCAUGUCGAGGGCCGUCGAGAGCGCCUUUGGCUCGAGCUCGGCCACCAUGGGUCGGCCGUUCGCCUACGGCUCCAACACCAUCGCCGGGCACGCGGCGGGCUUUGGCAUCAAGGGCUGGGAUGGGACGGAGACGGUGGGCAGGAGGAAGAGCUACGGGCACAAGAGGCCCCAGUGCACGGUGCUGGAGCCCAACCAGCUGCACGGCAGCCGGGGCCAGAGCCACAGCCAGCACUUCCUGCCCACGCAGCCCUACUUUGUGACCAACAGCAAGACGGAGGUGACUGUGUGAGAGCGAGAGGAGACGCCAAUGAUCUCUGGUUGGAGACGCCGCCUCCUGCGGAGGAGGCGGAGCUUUGUCGUCAGAGCCAACCAAUCAGAUCGCUUCAGACGCUGACAACAGACAAUACGGACCUGAGGCCAUGUUUGUACAUUUGUGCCGAUGCUGGAGUUGUUUCCUCUGUGACGAUGUCCAACGUUAGAGAGUCAGAAACCAAACCUUAUAGCAAUAUCGCAGAUGAAGAGCGAUGUCAUGGUAACGGAGAAAAACCGAGUUAUUACCCAGAAGCCUUUAGGAGAGGCUUCCUCAACCAAACACCAAACGGUCUGGAGGAAGAAACGUUCGCUCAUGAUUCACAUCCAUUUGUCCUGAGAGCUUUGAAGCAGACGCACAGGGAGGUGAUGAUGAUGAUGAUGAUGAUGAUGAUGGGUUUCAGAUUAGAGGCAGAUGCAACAAAAACAGAAAAUUCAAAUGGUUUUUAAAGAUUUAAUCUGAGAUUAAAUCCACUUAAUUCCUGAGAUCCUUCAGUUUGAAUAAUCUGUAAUGUUUUAAUACGACAACUAAACAGGAUGAAUGUUUUCAACCAUAAUGACCUAGUCAAAGUUUAUUCAUUGAGGAACUUUAAAAACAAUCGAAGCUGACCAGUCGUUAAUGGAGACAGAAUAUCAAACAAAAACGGGCAAAAAAUGUAAAAUAGAGAAUCUGUGGAGAUUAAAAGAACAAAAAUAAAAUGGAGUUUGAGAUUAAAAACAGAAGAACCAACAGGAGAAAACACAUCAGAUAAAAUCUGAAUAAUAACAGUUUAAUAUGUAAACAGAAAAAUAAUUAACUGUUUAUCCUCCCAGAAGAAUAUCUGAUGCCUUAAUAGUUUCACUAAACUUUCGUUAAAGUAAGAGUUUUAAAUAAUGAGAAUAAAGUUACAAAAUUUGCAGAAUAACAUUAAAAUUAUAAGAAAAAAAGUCGUUGGGGAAAAAAUGUGAUGAGGAUCUGAAAUGAUUGUUCAUGCUUCUAAAAACUGCAACUUUGUCCCGAUCCUGUGACGAUGUGCUUUCUGUGCAACUGAUUCAAAAUAACAUUUUCUAAAGAUUUUUUUGAAAAGCUUAACUAAAACAUUUGUAAGAAGAUACGUCUCUGAGAAGCUGAAAUACACAGGCGCCAUGCUACGCGGGCGCCAUGCUACGCGGGCGCCAUGCUUCGCGGGCGCCAUGCUACGCGGGCGCCAUGCUACGCGGGCGCCAUGCUUCGCGGGCGCCAU